GUGUGUUACUAGAUAUCCAGCAGCACUUUGGCGUCAAGGACAGCGGGGCUGGCUUAUUGCAGACAGUUUUCAUCUGUAGUUUCAUGGUUGCGGCACCUAUCUUUGGUUACCUUGGUGAUCGUUUCAACAGAAAGAUCAUUCUCAGCUGUGGGAUCUUCUUUUGGUCAGCUGUCACUUUUUCAAGCUCCUUCAUCACUGAACAGUAUUUCUGGCUUCUUGUGCUCUCACGAGGUUUGGUUGGCAUCGGUGAAGCAAGUUACUCCACUAUUGCACCAACCAUCAUAGGAGACCUUUUCACCAAAAACACAAGGACCCUUAUGCUGUCUGUUUUCUACUUUGCAAUUCCUCUUGGCAGCGGUUUGGGAUACAUCACUGGCUCAAGCGUGAAGCAGGUUGCUGGAGACUGGCACUGGGCGUUGCGGGUAUCUCCACUCCUGGGAAUGAUAACAGGGACACUCAUCUUGAUAUUUGUACCUGCUGCUAAAAGAGGAAAUGUUGAACAACUUGGGGGACAGCUGAAGGCUCGGACCUCAUGGCUGAGAGACAUGAAAGCACUGAUUAGGAACCGCAGCUACGUGUUCUCGUCAUUGGCCACCUCGGCCGUCUCCUUUGCCACAGGAGCACUUGGCAUGUGGAUCCCUCUCUACCUUCACAGGGCACAGGUGGUGCAGAAGACAGCAGAGACCUGCAGCUCACAGCCCUGCAGCACCAAAGAUAGCUUGAUCUUCGGAGCAAUCACAUGCUUCACUGGUUUCCUGGGUGUGAUCACAGGGGCAGGGGCAACCAAAUGGUGCCGGUUAAAAACCCAGCGAGCUGAUCCUCUUGUCUGUGCUGUUGGCAUGCUAGGAUCAGCCAUCUUCAUCUGUCUGAUCUUCGUUGCUGCCAAGAGCAGCAUUGUGGGAGCCUAUAUUUGCAUUUUUAUCGGAGAAACUCUUCUGUUUUCAAACUGGGCUAUCACAGCAGACAUACUAAUGUAUGUGGUCAUUCCAACACGCCGUGCAACCGCAGUGGCCUUGCAGAGUUUCACUUCACACCUCCUGGGAGAUGCUGGCAGUCCUUAUCUGAUUGGAUUUAUCUCAGACCUGAUCCGACAAAGCACAAAGGAGUCCCCAGUCUGGGAGUUCCUCAGCUUGGGGUAUGCACUCAUGCUCUGCCCGUUUGUCGUUGUCCUAGGAGGGAUGUUUUUCCUGGCCACAGCCCUCUUCUUCCUAAGUGACCGAGCCAAAGCUGAACAACAUAAAGAAACCGAUUCGGACCACCUCACGGUUGGCAACUACAGUAAUUCAGAAGACGCUUCCACAUGA